UCUCGCACCUGGUUUUGUCAUCAAGGCAACAACAUCACCUGGCAGAAUUAAGUAAGUAUUGGAAGGAGCUAGUGGGUGCAAUGGAGGCGACCAGGGCGACGAGACGUCUCAUGAGGCUCUGCUGCUGCCUCUCCGGUGUUCUUCUGCUCUCGUUCCUGCUCCCCAGCGCACUGGCGGAGGAGCGGUUCUACGAGUUCGUCGUCCAGGAGACGGUGGUGAAGCGGCUGUGCCAGACGAACCGGAUCAUCACGGUGAACGGGCAGUUCCCGGGGCCGACCAUCGAGGUCCACAACGGCGACACGCUGGCGAUCAGGGCCGUGAACAUGGCGCAGUACAACGUGACCCUCCACUGGCACGGCCUCCGGCAGCUGCGCAACGGGUGGGCGGACGGGCCGGAGUUCGUGACGCAGUGCCCCAUCCGGCCGGGGUCCAGCUACACGUACCGCUACACCAUCCAGGAGCAGGAGGGCACACUGUGGUGGCACGCGCACAGCUCCUGGCUCCGCGCCACCGUGCACGGCGCGCUCGUCAUCCUCCCCAAGCGCGGCGUGCCCUACCCCUUCCCCAAGCCCCACAAGGAGUUCCCCGUCGUCCUGGCCGAGUGGUGGAGGAGGGACCCCAUCGCGGUGCUCAGGCAGUCCAUGGUCACCGGUGCGCCGCCCAACGUCUCUGACACCAUCCUCAUCAACGGCCAGCCCGGGGACUUCCUUCCGUGCUCCAGCCAAGAGACAAGCAUCAUUCCGGUGGUCGCUGGCGAGACGAACCUGCUACGCAUCAUCAACGCGGCCAUGAACUCCGAGCUCUUCGUCUCCCUCGCCGGCCACAAGAUGACGGUGGUCGCCGCCGACGCCGUGUACACCAAGCCCUUCGAGACGACCGUGGUGCUCCUUGGCCCCGGGCAGACCACCGACGUCCUCGUCACCGCCCACGCCGCCCCUGGCCGCUACUACCUCGGCGCCCGCGUCUACGCCUCCGCGCAGGGCGUCCCCUUCGACAACACCACCGCCACCGCCAUCUUCCAGUACAAGGACGCGGCCGGCUGCCCGCCCACAGGAGCAGUUGCAGUCGCUGGCGCUGGAGCCAAGACUGGCAAUCCUGGCCGCGCAGGGCCGGCACCAAUGUUCCCCAUGCUGCCAGCGAACAACGACACGAACACGGCGACCGGGUUCUCGAACCUCAUCCGGAGCCCGAGGCCGGUGAAGGUGCCUGGACCGGUGACACAGGAGGUGUUCACCACCAUUGGGUUCGGCCUGUUCAACUGCCGGCCGGGCCCGUUCUGCCAGGGCCCCAACAACACCCGGUUCGGCGCGAGCAUGAACAACGUGUCGUUCCAGCUCCCCAACACCGUCUCCCUGCUGCAGGCGCACUACCACCGCAUCCCCGGCGUCUUCACCGAGGACUUCCCCGCUCGCCCGCCGGUGGUCUUCGACUACACCUCGCAGAACGUCCCCCGCGCGCUCUGGCAGCCCGUCAAGGGGACGCGGCUGUACCGCGUCAAGUACGGCGCCGUGGUGCAGAUUGUGUUCCAGGACACGGGCAUCUUCGCGGCGGAGGAGCACCCCAUGCACAUCCACGGCUACCACUUCUACGUGCUCGCCACAGGCUUCGGCAACUACAACCCCAGGCGGGACGAGGCCAAGUUCAACAUGGUCGACCCGCCCAGCCGGAACACCAUCGGCGUGCCUGUCGGCGGCUGGGCCGUCGUGCGCUUCCUGGCCGACAACCCGGGCGUCUGGCUCGUGCACUGCCACAUCGACGCGCAUCUGACCGGCGGGCUCGCCAUGGCGUUGGUGGUGGAGGACGGCAAGACCGAGCUCCAGACCACGAUGCCGCCGCCGGUCGACCUGCCCAUCUGCGGCCUGUAGAGGUUUCCUGGUGAGUUCUGUACAUGGGGCGGGGAACGUGAGUCUGCGUGCGUCUUACCUAUUGUGAUGCUAUCUGUUUGCCAUUCGAAUUUGGUAUUGUAAUUUGGAUUUCGAUUUGAAAUUGUAAAGAAAAGGCAAGGUUGUCGUUAAUUACGGGCCUCCUUUUUAUUUAUGGAUAUAAGAGUUUACACA